AUGGCCAAUGCACCGACGAGCAGUGAUGCCUGCCUGAGUAUUGUCCAUUCCUUGAUGUGCCAUCGUCAGGGGGGCGAAUCCGAAGCCUUUGCUAAACGUGCCAUCGAAUCGCUGGUUAAGAAACUUAAGGAGAAAAAGGACGAAUUAGAUUCACUUAUUACAGCUAUCACUUCUGCUGGAACACAUCCUUCUAAGUGUGUUACGAUUCAAAGGACGCUAGAUGGGAGGCUCCAAGUUGCUGGCAGGAAGGGCUUUCCUCAUGUUAUAUACGCUAGGAUUUGGCGAUGGCCGGACCUGCAUAAAAACGAGCUCCGUCAUGUAAAAUACUGCCAAUUUGCGUUCGAUCUGAAAUGUGACAGCGUGUGUGUUAACCCGUUUCACUAUGAGCGGGUCGUGUCGCCGGAUAUUGCCGGCUUGAGUCUUUCAAGAAAUUCAGAGGGUGGAUAUGGAAGCACAAGUAGCCAGAGUGAACCAGACUUUCGCCAAGCAGUUGUUCCAACUGCUCAUCAUUUCCCUGGUGGUCAAACUAUACCCCCUCCUGUUGGUCCACCGCCUGAUAUGUAUUCUAUGCAUGGGGCUGGAGUAGAGCCAGGAAUUGGCCAUGUGUCCCAAGAAUCUUCGUCUGUAGUAGCGAGCCCGCCCGGUUGGAGCAGCCCGACGCAAAGCAGUACUCAAGGCUAUUGGACGCAGCAAGAUCCAGUGGAAGACAAUGGACCUAUUUCUAAACAUCCUCCACCAGAAAAUUGGUGUUCUAUUGCUUACUUUGAACUGGAUCAACAAGUCGGCGAAAUCUUCAAAGUGACGUCAAACUGCCCGUCUGUCACUGUAGACGGCUAUGUCGACCCUUCCGGUGGAAACAGAUUCUGUCUCGGCCAGCUUUCCAAUGUCCACAGAACCGAGGCUAGCGAGCGAGCAAGACUUCAUAUUGGUAAAGGAGUACAACUAGACGUCCGUGGGGAGGGGGAUGUGUGGGUUCGUUGCCUGAGUGAGCACAGCGUCUUCGUCCAGAGCUACUACCUCGACCGAGAGGCGGGCCGUUGCCCUGGUGACGCCGUCCAUAAAAUCUACCCCUCGGCAUACAUCAAGGUGUUCGACCUGCGUCAGUGUUACAGGCAAAUGAAGCAACAGGCGCAUUCUGCACAGGCAGCAGCCGCUGCCCAAGCAGCCGCCGUCGUGAGUGGUGUGGGCCCAGGCGCGCUUUUGCCGCAGAUGGGACAAACCAGCGUGGGCGUGGAUGACCUCAGGAGGCUCUGUAUUCUACGGUUGAGCUUUGUGAAGGGCUGGGGACCCGAUUACCCGCGAAAAAGCAUCAAGGAGACACCGUGUUGGAUAGAAAUUCACCUUCACAGGGCUCUACAGCUAUUGGAUGAAAUACUCAUUACGAUGCCAAUCAACGAGCCUCGACCUCAUGAUGCCUGAGGAGCAAGGUCUGCUAACCUCGCUUUCCCGAUGCCUCGUUUUGACUCCUUGAUAUCUCGCCCAAUAGGGUUUCCAGCUAAAGAAAUAUCCACUGACAGUCAACCCUUCCCUUUUGGGUACCUAGUUAUUACGAACGGGAGCACAAGAUCGAGAUAAAAAAUAUGAGUGAAAACCCUUAUUGCCACCUAGUUAUUAUGGACGGGAACACAAGAUCGAGAUACAAACAUAUGACUGGAAUAGUGACAAUAGCCCUCGCUAUGACGGUCCCGGGGGUCCGUUAUGGGGAUCCUGCUUGGCUCGGGGCGUGGUUGGACAUUCCAGACAUACCUGUUACAGUUCGACGUGUGCUACCGUGGCCAUCUUGGCGGUUUCAUGAAGUAAGCCAUUAAUAUUCACUGGCCAAUCAGCGAGGCAAAGAACUGCUUGAUUGACAUCAGCGCAUGACGCUUUCAGUUAUGAAGUUCGUGUCAAUCAGAACAGUGAUUCUCUCGUGCUGAUUGGCUAACUCUUGAAAAUUUGUCUUCGUGGCCACGUUAGCGCGCGUCAUGCUCUAAAGCACGCGAUUUAACUUGCGUGACACCUAGGCUUGUGAGAGCCCAUAGAAAAUAUCCCAUUCGGUAGCGAGCUCAAUUCACUUCAAUCUUGGUGAAAAUCGGUCCACAAUAAAGGUAAAACAACAUCGGCUUAGUUCUAUCGCUAAAGUAUUAAAAAGUAGGAAACGUUUCAUUUGUUAUAGAUUAUGAAAGUUUUCAUGUUUAAAACAGAAGAUGGUUAUUAAAGCUGGAUCAGGGGACUUCAAGGUCGUUCUGUCUUGAGCCACCUUAAACAGUGAACACGAAAUGUCUGCCUCGUGUCUUUGAUGCGUCUUGGGGCCUUGAAUGGCGAAAUAUAGUAUUUCACAAACUUCUGUUCUAAGCAAAAAAGAAAGUCCCCAGAUUUAAGGAAAGCCUCUUUUCUCGUGUUUUCCUGAUUUUUCAAGAUGUGUCGACCCAUACGCAAAGUAAUAAUUUAAUAAUUGUACAGUUCGUUAGGCAAAGUAAUUAAAAAAAUUUGAAUGUAAAUAAUCAAAAUACGUAAAUAUGCGUUACGGUAACUUACCGUUCCACUGUAAUCGUGGGGUCGAGCUUCUCACUAAUUCCGCUUCGUGCGCAAUGAACAUGUAGCUAACGUCGCGCUAUCUGUCGGACUUCUCUACAGCGGCACGAUAAUGCGCCUUGGCAGGCCAUUCCCUAUUAGCUUUAAUCCCGGGCCAAGAAAUCUUUUCUUAUGAAACCUCAGUCUCCCUUUCUUGAAACAUAUAAUUAAAAUCAUCUUUAAAAAUUAGAAUAUGAUCAAUAUAUAGAGUGGUUUAUUUACACGAAACCCUGUGUUUUGUGUGGGAAUGCCAGGAUUGGAAGCAUGUGUAGGGGUGAGCGUGGUGGCCAUUAAUACUUUCUGUCGUCAAUCAGAAUUCGAGCCGAUUCCCGAACUCACCCCUGGUGACCACACCUAAAAACCAUAAACGUGAAAUGUCUUACAUGAAUUAGUUUUAUGUUUAAAAAACGAUGGUACUAAACUAAUGAUUUGCAGUCUAACUUUAAAGAUCUUACAAAUCUUACCCUGAACUAGCCUAAGGACGUCAGCUUGUUACUUAUGUGCAUUCUGGAUUUUACGAUAUGCCUCGGGAGAAAGGAAAAUGUAUCGUAAAAUCGAGGUAUCGUUGCAAAGAGGUCCCGAUUUGUACAAAUUAAAAAAAAUUCUUUUACAUUUCACCGAAAUCUGCCGAGAGAAUGGAACGCCAUCGUAAAAUCGAGGUUAUCGUAAAAUCCAGGUUCCACUGUAGUUAUUUUCUCAAAUAUUUGGUUAAUAAAGUGAUGGCAUUGCGUAAACCGACGAGAUUUCACUAUUUACCGCAAUGCUUGAUUAGCCCCGUGAAAUACAUAAUAUACUAUAUAGUGCUGUACCGUAAUCGGAUUUUAUUGUGUAAGAUAAUCUUUAGGAUAGUUAUAAGAAAAUUGUAAUAUGUACAUAGAAUACAAAAGAUGGAAGAUGGGAAUAAACCCGACAAAGUGCUUUGGUAGCGCGAUUAUCAUA